AUGAACUACACAGGUGCUCCAGGCCUGGAAUUUGGCCGAGGAAAUACUAAAAUUGAUCCAAGUCUUGCCAAAAUCCUACCACAAGGCUGCAAAGUCGUGUCGACCGAAGGACAUGGCGACAGUUUCUGGGCGAGCACAGGUCGCAUUGAUGUCGAGCUGGCCGACGGGUCUGCUCACUCCUACUUCAUCAAGGUGAUUUCCGGCGACACUGGAAAGAACAUGGUCCACGGCGAAUUUGAGUCGAUGAGUGCAAUUCAUGGCAUUACGCCCGACUUCGCCCCGAAACCGAUUGCAUGGGGCACUUACGAGAGCGCUCCAGACACGCAUUUCUUUCUGAGCGAGUAUCGAGAGAUCCUUGAUAUGCCGGAUCCAGACAAAUUCGCCGCUCGUCUGUCAGCCCUACACCAAAACAGCAAAUCCCCAACCGGCAAGUUCGGCUUCCACAUGACAACGCAUGCUGGCAAUCUGCCACAAUACACGGGUUGGGAAGAUAGCUGGGAAGCUUUCUUUGCGAAAAGCAUGAAGCAGGCCCUGGAUCUAGAGAUCAAAGCCAAAGGCCACGACCCUGAGUUUGAUGCUCUUGUCCCGGUUCUGUUCGAAAAGGUCAUACCUCGCUUGCUUCGGCCGCUCGAGAGUCAAGGGCGUUCCGUCAAGCCUUCUCUCGUGCAUGGCGAUCUUUGGUUCGCCAACUCUGGAAUAGACAGCGACAAUGGAGAGCCUCUGAUCUUCGAUGCCUGCUGCUUUUAUGCUCAUAACGAAUAUGAGUUUGGCCAGUGGCGACCUGUUUGCAACAAGUUUGGCGCGAAAUACGUCGCGGCAUAUCACACUUAUGCCCAAGUAUCGCCACCCAAAGAAGACUAUGAUGGCCGCGUGGAUCUUUACAAGUUGCGAUUCAAUACGCAUGUCUCAGCCUUGUUCCACGACAACCCAACCCUCCGCGAGCAGUACGUGUUCGCUGACUCUCCACCCAUUCGCUACGUGAACUCACAAGCCAUUUAG